AUGGCCAGCUACAAGGCUCUCAUCAUAGCCCACGGCGUACUAGCAGUCAUUGCUUUCCUAUUCGUAAUACCCGCAGCUAUCUUCAUGGCUCGCUUCUACCAUCGCAACCCACGAACCGCCCUGCGAGUCCACAUCUGGUUGCAGGUAGCAGCAGUCCUACUCUCGACUGCUGCCAUCGUCUGCAGCUUCCAAGCUGUUGGCCUCGAGAGGUCUCUGACCAACCCUCACCAUGGCAUCGGCGUUGCGCUAUACACUCUUGUUAUGGUUCAAUUCCUUGGUGGCGCUCUCAUUCAUAAGCUAGAAAAGGGCAAGGAGCGAUUCAAGAUCCCUCUCAAGCUUAUGAUUCAUCAAUGGCUAGGCCGCACUAUUGCACUGCUUGGACUUGCCCAGAUCCCACUUGGUCUGACACUAUACGGAUCACCACUGGCCUUGUUCAUCCUUUUCGCAGUGUGGACUUUCAUCCUAGUCAUCCUCUACUUCGUCCUUUCCUACAGGACCCAGCCCGAGAUGGACUUUGAUGACCGUAGCACCUACAUCACCGACCGCUCAUACAGUACCAGAAUAAGUCGACGCACGAGCAGAGGCCCCGGCGCUGGAAAGCUCGCAGCAGCGGGAGCAGCCGGUGCAGGAUUAGCCGCGCUGGGGUCAAGAAGAUCUCGAAGCCGCACCCGCAGCAGGCACGGUGGCACAGUUCUGAGUUCCCGACCCGACUCUCGGUCCCGCCGUGAUUCCCGCUCUCGUGUCGCCGACUCUGAGUUCACUGAAUCGUACUUGAGCGAUGAGAAAUACCGUGCCGAUGGCAACAAAGGUUCUACAUGGAAGGACAAGCUCCUAGGAGUUGGGGCUGCAGCUGGUGGUAUUUUCGCCGUCAAGAAACUAUUCAAUCGCAAACCAAAGCAUCCUCCGACCGAGACAGGGAGCGACUUCAGUUACAGCCGCCCAUUGGGACCCUCCGAAGUCACUCAGACCGACAUCUCCAGACUCGAAGAAGGAAGGGCACCCGAAUCUCCAGCAAACCGUCGAAACGACUGGCGUCGAGACAACCCACAAGCAUCGGCUUUGUCUGGAAGUGCUAUGCGACCUGGUCACCGCACAAAUGGAAGUGUCACCUCCAUUGACUCUUUUGAUAGCCGGACAAGCCUCAGCGAAGAGACUGAGAUGAGGCCUAGGGAUCGACAGUAUGGACUAAAGGAGGGUGUCGCUACGAUGGGAGUCGUCGGUUUCCUGAAGCAUUCUCUCAGCAAGCGCAGCAAGAAGAAGGAAGACGACCGCGUGGAAGAGAUGAGACAACAAGAUCUGGAAGAGGAACGGGUCGCCCGCAUGAACAGCCAACGCCGCAAAAAGUACACGGGUGAUGGAGCACCUCCAAGGAGAGGCCAUAGAGCACCGUCCACCAUUCUAUCUGAGAGCGAUAUGACCGGCAUUACACCCUCAGUAGCGCAGCGCCCAUCUCGACCCAUGGAUUCUACCGUCACGCCCAACCCCAGUCGUCCCCCUCGCGCCGGUGUCUACAGUGUCUUGUCAGAUUCCGGUUCCGAAGCUUACGACUCACCUGGAGGCCGUCACCACAGCCGACGCCGCACGGGAGACGCACCAAUAAUACCUGCCGGUGCAGCAGCAGCAGCUACAGUCACUUCCGCCGGCUCACCCACCAAACGGGAACGCCGCGGCAGCAGAGACGACGUAGCCUCGCCUCCCGUAUCCGUCAAAGUCAAGAUGCACAACGACGGCCGCCACGUAACCCUCCGCCGCCUCAACGAAGAAGAAGCCGCCGCAGAACGCGAAGCCCGCCGCCGCGAACGCCAACGCAAAAACCGCGCCGGCAGCGUAAGUUCCAUGAGCGGCGUCGGCGGCGACCGCUGGCGCAGAACAGAAGCCAUGGAAGCUGCUCAAGCCGCGGAAAUGGCUCAACAAUCCGGUGCUCCUCCUCCGCCUAUGCCCAUGCCCAGUUCGAGCACCUUGCGCAUGCCUGAAGCUACUAUUCCUCCGCCUCCGCCAGGCCCUCCACCUAUGUUCGGUAAUGGCCAACAGCAACAGCAUCUAGCGCCUGAUCAAGCGAAUUUCCCUCCUCCGCCUCCUAUUCCUGCUGCGGCGGAUACGGUGCUUAGUAGUCCUGUGUAUGGUACUGAGACGGAUCUUAGUAAUUAUGAUUCUAACAGGAGGAGACGGAGAGCGGAAAGGGCGCAGGCUAAGCAGGCGAGGUUGGGGGGGAGUCGUGUUGAGUUUUCGUGA